UAAUUGCCUCAUCUUCCUCCUUGACUAGUGUUCUAAUAAGCUAUCAGACACAACCACGGAAAAAACGAGGAUGCUCCCUGGACUUUUCAAAUACAUUAUUCACUUAUGUAAUAGAGGGGCAUGAAGAGGAUAUCAAACCAAGAAAUCAAAACAACUGUUGCACGCUAUUAAUUUAUCAUCAAGGUCAGAAGAACCAUGGAACAUGCUUUUCCACCAUAAGUUAAAUUCACAUUCAGAGUAUCCACCAUUGCAGCUUUCUUUUGGUGCAGACAAUUGGUUUUUCCACCAUGGAGUUCUUACUAUAACUACCAUGACCUCCUUGAUCAACUCCCCAUAACAUAUCUGCCAUUAGCCCCAUUAGGCCAUUACUAUCCUCUAUUCUUUAUACAUACUCUGUUAGUUUUACAAUGUCUUGCCUUACCAUUUUAAGCAAGCAAGUUAGAAAAUUUUUGCCAAAGCUCAAAGUCUUGAGCAAUGAAAAGGAAUACAAGAAAAGAGACCCCAAGGUUUUACUUGCUGGUUUUGAUUGCAGCUCAUCUUCAUUUGCUUCCAUGGAAGUUUCUAGUCAGCUGAAGCAAGUGUUCAAGCUCAUUGACACAAACGGAGAUGGAAAAAUAUCAUCGCUUGAGCUCAGUGAACUGCUAUUGUCUUUGGGGCAGAAAAAGUCUGCAGCAAAGAAGGAAGCUGAUGCAAUGGUGAGGGAAUUGGAUCGAAAUGGUGAUGGAUACAUCGACUUUGAGGAAUUCAUGGAUGCUGUUGGAGUCAAUACAGUCCAAUUCAGUGACAAAGAAGAUGAGUUGAUGGAUGCAUUUGCCAAAUUUGAUUCUGAAAAAAAUGGAUUCAUAUCAGCCAAGGAGCUGCAGAAUAUACUGGCUGGUCUUGGUUAUGAUAAGUGCAGUCUCAUUGAAUGCUUCCUCAUGAUCAAAGGAGUUGACAAAGAUGGAGAUGGACUCAUAAAUUUUGAAGAGUUCAAACUCAUGACGACAGCAUACACUGCUUGAGAAUAGAGAACAAGAUACCAAGAGUUUCAACUUGCAAAUGCAUCAACUAGGGUGGACAAAUCCUCAAAAACAUCUAAGAAACGAAAUGCUUCUGUCAUUAAUCAUUCAGACUGAG